GGCUCGGUUUCAGUUCCGAGUUCCUGAAUGAACGUCACUUUAGUUGGUGUUAUUUAUUAAAAGACGUGGAGCAGAAAUGGCAGGAGAGAUGUCUGUAAUCGGUUCUGUGAUCCUGGCGUUAUUCCUCGCCGGGUAUCUCGGACAGCAGUAUCUGCCUCCUCCUAAACCCCGAGUCAUCGGGCUCGACCUCGGGACGACGUUCUGCUCAGUAGGAGUCUUCCAGCCGGGGACAGGGGACGUAGAGGUGAUCGGAGACGAGAAGGGAAGAAAAAGCAUCCCGAGUGUGGUGUCCUUCACCGAGACGGGUGUAUACGCCGGACACGAAGGACAGGAACUGGCAGACAUCAACCCGCAAAAUACAGUUUACGACGCUAAACGAUUUAUCGGGAAGAUUUUUGACCAGAAGACGUUGGAGCAGGAGAGCGCUCGAUACCCCUUCAAGGUCGUGCUGAACAACGGCAGCGCCGAGUUCCUGCUCCAUACAAGCAGCACGUUCAGCGUGAGCCCGGAGUUCAUCAGCUCUCGGCUGCUGAUGAAGAUGAAGAAAAUGGCGGAGCAGCACCUCGGGGUCCCCGUCGACAAAGCGGUGAUAUCAGUGCCAGCAGAGUUCGACGAGACGCAGAGGAACUACACCAUCAAAGCCGCCACUUUAGCAGGGCUGGACAUCUUGAGGGUCAUUAACGAGCCCACAGCGGCGGCGAUGGCAUACGGGCUUCAUAAAGCGGACGUGUUUAACGUGCUGGUGGUGGAUCUGGGAGGAGGAACGCUGGAUGUGUCUCUGCUCAAUAAGCAGGGCGGGAUGUUCCUCACCAGGGCCAUGGCAGGAAAUAAUAAGCUCGGAGGCCAGGACUUCACCCAGCGGCUCUUCCAGUACGUCAGCGAGCGAGUGCUUCAACAGUACGGCGUCGCGCCGUCGUUAAAGGAGGACAUCCAGCGUCUCCGUCAGGCCAUAGAAGAAGCCAAACUCAACCUCACCGUCAAUUCCAGCGUCUCCCUUCAAGUCCCUCUUCAUCUCCAAACCACAGGAGCGCAGCAGGAGGAGCGCGUCACCUUCCAGCAGGAGCUCAGCCGCCAGCUCUUCGAGGAACUCAACGCAGAUCUGUUCCAGAAGAUUCUGGCCCCCAUCAAGACGGUCCUGGAGGAGGGACGCCUGGAAAAGGACGAGGUGGAUGAGGUCGUGCUGGUGGGCGGUUCCACGAGGAUCCCCCGCGUUCGCCAGAUCAUCAGUGAGUACUUUGGGAAAGAAGUGAACACGCGCGUGGACCCAGACCUAGCCGUAGUGACGGGCGUGGCGCUCCAGGCAGGCAUCAUGGGAGGAUCGUGGCCUCUGCAGGUCAGCGCCAUCGAGAUUCCCAACAGACGCCUGCACAAAACCAACUUCGGCUGAACCCCGAGUGGAAACAUCAUGCGGUGUUUCGUACAAUUUGUCCAGCUUUUUUUAAAUUUUUUUUGGACUGCUGUUGCGCUUCAACUAAAACGUAACAAACCACAUAAGAGUUUCAUCGUCAGUCUUUCGGCCACAUGGAUUUAAAUAAAACAGUGUUGAAUAUUUGUAUAUCGAGCCAUGUGGGCGGACCACGUGAGUGCAUUUCUGAAAGGUUUGGAGAAGGUGCUCAUCAUCAAAAGUUUAGGGACCAAACUGUAGAGUUUCUACAGAAAAUGAAUGAUAGACGUGUUGGUUGGACAAUUGGCUGUAUAUAAAAGCACCAUGUUAAAAAAGCAUAUAAUUUAAAUUAAUUAAUUAUAUUUAUUCUGGCAAAUUUGAACUGAGACCAUACACUCUCAGAAAAUAAAGUACAGUACUGUACCUUUAGCGGUACAACGGCUUGUCACUGGAGCAGUACCCUCGAAGGUACUCAUUUGUACACUUUAUAUACUGCUUAGUAACAUGUAUGGACCUUUUUGGCGCUAAAAAGGUACACCUAGUUCCCUUGAGGUCCAAUAAUGAGCCUUAGGGGGUACAUUAGUGUAGCUUGUACCUUGGGGGACAGAAACGGACUCCUACUGUAGCCCUAUUUCUGACAGUGUAGUGAUGGUUAUGAUGAUGAUGAUGUGCUUUUUGCCUGGACUGAAGCUAGAAGGCCGCGUUCAUGAUGAUCCAUCAAGAACGCGCGUUAAUAUUAAUGUCAGUCAGCGUGAUGAGUUGAGACGAGAGAUUCCAGGCAAACUCAUCGUCACAGUCUCUUAGUCAAAAUGUUACUGAAAAUACAACUGGAGGGGUGCCAAUAAUAAUUCACACCGAUGGUUAAAGAUGAUGGGGGGGAUGGGACACAUCCAGAGCUGUAUAAUACAGCGCUACGUCUCAGUGUCUCUCGAGACCGUGACCCGUCAUUCAUCAGCUAUUUAUUUAUUUAUUUAUUUAUUUAUUUCAAACAUUUUGGUCUUUUAUUAAUGACUACUUUUAGUGAAGCCGGCAUGUUUACAGUCAUUUGUUUUUUGCUUUUUAGAAACUCGCUGCUGGUAUUUGUGCGUCAUGGACUGAUCAGGCUUUUUUAGGUAUUAGGAAAACAAAUGCUGAUCUGUUUCGCUAACCAGAUAAGGGCAAAAAGUGACGUUUCUUUAUAACCCCAAUUCCAAAAAAGUUUGGACACACUGUAAACUGUAAAUAAAAACAGAAUGCAAUGAUUUGCAAAUCACGGAAACCCUAUAUUUCAUUGAAAAUAGUACAAAGACAACAUAUCAAAUGUCGAACCUGAGAAAUUUUGGGUUUUUUUUGAAAAAUAUAUGCCCAUUUUGAAUUUGUCAUCAGCGACACGUUUCAAAAAAGUUUACCACUGUGUUGCAUCACCUAGUUUUAACAACACUAAACAUUAGGGCUGGGAAUCGAUCCAGAUUUCCUGGAUCGAUUCCGAUUCAUAAGGUCACGAUCCGAUUCGAUAUCGAUUUACUUAGAUAUUGCUGGAUUGUCACUUUAAAGCAGGGGUGUCCAAACUGAUCCAUAAAGGGCC